AUGCCUCACUUUGCAAAACCUCUUUUGAGAAACAUCAUUACCAGAAAUCUAUUCAAUAGCAUCAAGAAGAAGCAAUGUCUCCAGUAUUUGCAAACACUGAGAACACUGCAAUAUGAUGGGUUUACAACAGUAUAUUUUGGGGAAACUGAUAUCCCUGAGAGUCUCGUAACUGGGGAAGAUUUUAGCGACGGUUAUUACAUGCCAACUCCAACCUGGUGUGUCGUGCAUGCUGGUGGUAGUCAAGGAUGGGUGCCGUGGAAAUAUCGGAUGUUCCUAAGGGAUGAGUUAUGCAUCAAACAGGAAGACAACCUCUUCUUUGAGUUCUGUGAUGUGGUGAAGAAGGCCUAUGGCAAGUGCGCCAUUGUGGUCAAAGAGAGAAGGCGGCAGGACGAGACGAGGCCGAAGGAGGGCAAGGAGACUGAGGCCCAGGCCCAUGUCCCCUCGGUGGUCAACUUAACAAGUGUCACAUGUUGUCCUGAGGUAGCCAAGUCCUAUGGCCAUAAACUACUCACUCUGCCUUCUCCUUACAAUUACCUGAACCCUUUAGACUCAGCCUGGUCUUCUCUGAAAUGGUUCAUCAUCAAUAACAGGAAGGAGUUUUGUCUGCAGUCUGUGGAUGGUGCCUAUUCUUACCAGUAUCUACUCUUCAGUGAUUUAAUCAGCAAAGGAGUUGAAAGGAUAAACCUUAGCAAAUGGAGGACAAUAACUAACAAAGUACGGAGGUGGGAAAAUUACUAUCUUGGUAAAUUUUCUUAA